AUGGGCGGGCGCGUGGAGGAGGCGGAGGCGGGGGUGUUGGCGGUGGAGGGAGGGUUUCGUUUGGCAAUGGCGCGAGGGAGGAGGGCGUGGAGACGAAAAAGCGGAGAUUGUGGGAGAGGUAAAUUUACAGAUUCGGAAGGCAGCAACCGUUUUUUUUUUUUGAUGCAAGCACGUAUCGUUGUCACGCCAGCAGCAUCGGGAAUGGCGGUACCGUCUCGCGGCUCUGGGGCCUGGACCGGGCGAAGCGCGGGGCCACGCGGGCUGGGGGGUUGA